AUGGCAUACAAUGGCUCGUUAUUUAUGUUCAAAAAAGUUAUUGGCCCAAUAAAGGGCCGUCGUACGGUGUUUACAGGAGAUAAAGUUGGUGCUACAGGAUUACUUCAAAUAUCUUCCAAAGAUUUGUCUGAACACAAUAAACAAGUUAAAACAUUACAUAAUCAUUCUAUUAAAGAAGCUUUUAAGAGAAAAAGGGAAGAGAGCAUAACAACAAAUAAAAUUUUAACCAAUGAUUUUUCAAUGACUGAAGAUGAACUCUCUUACGAAGAAUUCAACAAAGAACCUUGUACUUCAAGUUAUUCGAAAAUAAAAAAGUCUAAAUAUAAUACUAAAAGUAUUCGAAAUGUCGCAAUAAAUAGCCUUAGAUACGGAGUUUCUUCUAGAGCUGCUGCAGCUUUGACGACAGCUGCCUGGAUUGAUGCUGGAUUAAUUUCUGAGAAAGAUACACAGUUUAUUGUCGAUCAUCAAAAAAUUGUAAGAGCUCAAGCUAAAAUCAUGAUUGAAUUAAAAAAUGAAACUUUAAAAUCUAUAGACAAUGGGGAUAUCAAUUGUAUUUUGUUUGAUAGUAGAAAACAAAAAAAUCAACUGAAGAAGAAAAACAUGCCGAAAUAG